AUUGUUAUUCCGUGCAAAGCUUGAAAUGGUUAUUUUUUACAUGGUACAGGAUAAAGUUAUAAUAAGUUAAAAAACGUUAUUUCUGCACAUUAUUAUAACAUGCAUUCCGCUAAAAACGCCGCCGCCAUGCUGACCAGAACAGCGAGCCAUACAGCGCGUACGGUGCUGUCCAAGUUCUAUUCUUCAGUCGCGCAGACACCUCGCUACGUGCCUCGUCGGGCCGUCAUGUAUGUGCCCGGCAGCGACCAGCGCAAGAUCGACAAAGUCGCUGCGGUGGCUGCGGACUGCGUGGUCCUGGACUGCGAAGAUGGUGUCGCACUCAACCAAAAGGAAGCUGCUCGCAACACCAUACGAGCAACGCUGGAGAAGAAGAGGUCUUUGUUUGCUGGCAAAGACUGCAGUGUGCGCGUGAACGCCGUCAGUAGCGACCUCUGGAAGGACGACCUAGCAUCUGUGCUGGCAUCUCAACACCUCCCGACCACGCUGCACCUGCCCAAAGUUGACUCCACUCGCGACAUUGACAUGUUCGCCAGUGAGGUGGUAAGACUACUGGAAGGACGUCAUCUGGAGGAACCUUUACGAGUGUUCCUCUUCUGCGAGUCCGGACGGUCGUUGCUGCGGCUGGCAGAGCUCUGCGAACACGGGCUGGGGCUUCCGCCUCCCCUCCUGCUGGAUGGCUUUGUCUUCGGGUCUGACGAUUACUGUGCUGAUAUCGGUAUGACGCGCUCAAGCUUAGCGCGCGAGCUGCUGUACGCAAGACAAAAGUUUGUAUCCGUGGUGCGAUCCUUCAGACUACAGGCCAUCGACCUUGUUUACAUCGACUAUAAAAAUCUGGCUGGGCUAGAAAGACAGAGUGUAGAAGGCGCAGAAUUUGGUUUCACCGGCAAACAGGUUAUUCACCCAUGCCAAGUGGAUAUUGUCCAGCGCGCUUUCUCUCCUUCACCGAAGCGCGUCCAGUGGGCUAGAGGGCUACUAGAAGCGUACGAGAAACAUCAGACACAGGGAGCUGGGGCUUUCACAUAUCAAGGUUCCAUGAUCGACAUGCCGCUUGUCCUGCAGGCCCGCAAUGUGAUCGCCACCAGCGCCGCUCAAAGCUCCUCUACACACACUGACGGAGACUUGCGCGCACCCUCUUACAGCUCUCCUUUGGCUUAGAUGUCAUUCAUAUUUCACGCAUUACUUAGAAGACCGCAAAAUCUGUGAAGCUAGCAACAGGAUUUUAACGCUGCUGCAAUUUCAAGUAGGGAUUUUGAUUUACUUCGCCGGAAUCAUUGCUGCGCAUUUUUCCGAUCAUUACCAUUAAUGAUCAUUCUUGACAAUGUUAACGGUCAUCAAUUUUUUCGUGAUCAAUCGAAAUCUUGACCGCCGUGUAAAAAUUGGUUGCAUUGUGAUAGCAACGCAUCACCAGGAGCUUAGAUGCGAAGCUGAAGUAUUAAUUUAUAUAGAGGGCCUAAAUCUCUGUGAUGAAUUCACGAAUGUAACGGUAAUACAAGCACUCCCGUUCGAGAUUCCGAACGAGUAUUAGAUUUUUUUUUUGUUGACAUCGUUGCGUUUCAACUAAAAUGCAUUCAAUGAAGCAUAAUUGACAAAUCAAGGAUUCGCUUUUUUGUCAACUGUACAGAAAUGCGAUAAGAAGACAAAUUCAUAGUGAUCCAUUGAUUAUAAAUUUAUAACCUCAAGAUCAUUUCAACCUCAAACGAUUGUCACAGCAAUUACAUUUAUAGCUCACUGAAAAAGGAAAAUGAUGAAGCAAAGUAACAUUACUUUGUAAUUGAAGAAAAUUAGAGCUAAGUGUUAAAAUAAAAUAGCCAUUGAACAUGGUACGAC